AUGCCUGGUCAUUUUGGCCAAAAGGUUCUCAAGACUUUGGGCCUUGACCAACCACAUGGCAAUCAACACCAUCAAGAGGACUUCUCACCGGGAAUUCAGCUUCCUGGCAAAGCGGCUGUCAACAGCGACGAGCGCGGAUUAUCCUCACCUCCGAACAACGGCACAUACCCCCGUCUCUGCAGACUGUCCGAUGGAACCAUUCUUUCUUCCUUCACACGCUUCCCCGAUGGACAGCGGUCCCUUCGCGUCGCAAAAAGCAUCGACAAUGGCCAGUCAUUCGUGGACUUCUCCGAGGUAACUCGUGCAUCGGGUGACGUGGAUAAUAUGUUCUUGUGUGAGGUGGCUCCUGGCACAGUGCUUGCUGCAUUUAGAAACCACGACGUGGGUCCGAACGGCCCUACGCAUUUCCGUAUCACUGUAUGCCGCUCGACAGACGGAGGACGGGUUUGGAACUUUGCUUCACAGGCAGCUGAGAAGAGUCCUCCCCUGGGAAUCUGGGAGCCUUUCAUGCGCGUCGGACGUGGAGGUGAGGUGCAACUUUACUUCUCGCAGGAAUUUGCCCACAACAAUCAGUGCACUAUGCAAGUCGUUUCGCGCGAUCACGGAAGUACUUGGACGCAACCAACCUGUUUACAUGGCGCUCAAGAUCCACUCCGUGAUGGUAUGAGUGGUAUUGCCCGAACCAUCGACAAUGGACGGGAGGCCCUUGUCAUGAUAUUUGAGACUACUCGCCAUGGUCCGUUCAGUGUUGAAGCGCUCCUAUCCUACGACGAUGGUCAUACCUGGGGUUGGCGCCAUGAAGUCUUCCGUCCACGACAAGGUCAUAAUGCGGGAUCUCCUCAAAUUGCCUCUUUCGCGGAUGGAUCUUUGGCGGCGAUAUUCAUGACGGACGAUGACUCCGACCAUGUCGAAUGGGUGAAAAAUGCUUCUAUUAAGGCCGUAUUUGCUGGGCCUCCAUCCGAAGGACGUGUUCAAUGGAGCAAGCCAUCCUUGGUUUCUCCGGCUUCCAGUUUCUGGCCUGGAAUCAUGGCGCUCGACCACCACAACGUGUUAGUGACUUAUGACCGAGGGGGGCCCCUCGCCAAAACCAUUACCUGGAAUCCAAAGUAA